AUGACACUGCUUCCUGCCCCCCGCCAGCCUUCUUAUAUCGACAAAGCCAUUCACGUCCCUGGAUACCGGGCUUCACCAGGCGAUCUUAUCGACUUUGCCAUCGAGAGUCGCAUUCAACGUAUAGUGAAACGCUCAGCUGUCGGCGGCGAUGACCCAUUUUUCGUGGCGGAUCUGGGCCAGGUCGUUCGACAAAAUCGACGCUGGAUCCAAAACAUGCCUGGAAUCAGGCCUUUCUACGCGGUCAAAUGCAACUGUGACCCCACGUCCCUCAAGGUUCUUGCAGAUCUCGGUACAGGAUUUGACUGUGCAUCUAUCGAGGAGAUGCGGGCAGUGCUUAAUCUCGGGGUAGAUCCAGCCCGGAUCUUAUUCGCGAAUCCAUGCAAGGCCCCCGCCGCCGUGGCAUUCGCAAGGGAGGUCGGCGUUUUAAGAACAACGUUCGAUAACAUCGAUGAAUUGGACACUAUCAAGGCGCACAUGCCGGAGGCUCAAUUAUUACUCCGCAUAUAUGCUAAUGACGAAGGCGCCUUCAUAUGCCUAGGGGAAAAGUUCGGUGCGCACCUGGACACGACCGAGGAGCUCCUCGCACGGGCGUGGGAGCUUGACCUGAAUGUUGUUGGCGUUAGCUUUCAUGUCGGAACUGGCGCUACUAAUCCAGCAUCAUUUUGCAAUGCCAUCAAAGAUGCACGUUCAGUGUUUCUGCAAGCUGAGCGUCUAGGAUUUCACCCUAAGAUUCUUGAUAUUGGUGGUGGCUUCCAGGAUGACUGCUUUGAGUCUAUGGCUCCAGUGAUUCGGGAUGCCAUUCGGUCUGAGUUCCCGACUCAUAUCACAGUAAUCGCAGAGCCUGGUCGAUUCUAUGCGCGCAGCGUGUAUACUCUGGUCUGUCGGGUUAUCUCUCGUCGACGCCAACUUGGGAGCGCAGCGGCAUCUGGAAUUCCGGAUAUGCUUUACCAGAACGAUGGGAUUUAUGGAAAUUUCAUGAAUGUCAUUAUGGAGAAGGAGGUCAUGGUUCCGCAUUUGUUGAGACCCAAGAAAAGCAAGACUGGACUCUCGUCGAAAUAUAGAACAGAUGUGAACGAAAAAGGAAAUGAGGCGACAUCCCCAUCGGCCUCCCAUCGUUACUCUAUUUGGGGGCCGACCUGUGAUAGUACAGACUGUGUGGUACGAGAAGUAUCCUUGGACAGCGAGGUCAAAAUUGGAGAUUGGUUCAAAUAUAAGAACAUGGGAGCUUACACGAGUACCACCGCCACCCAAUUCAAUGGCUUUAGCAGUGCGUGUGAUGUGAUCUAUGUGAACAGUGAGGCGUUGCUUGAUGUUUAG